GAGCACAAGGAGGCGUUACUUGGUGGUAUCAGUGCAGAGUCAUUUCAUCAUCGCUUGCUCAUGCUCAGUUGGAAGGAGACAGCGCGGAGCGUCUAUGGAUGUUUUGCAAGAUGAUUAUCACCAUUGUCUCUUAAUGGCCAUUGUAUCGAUUUGAAAUGCUAAAAUUUUCAGACAUGAUAAUGUUGCUGUCUGAUUGAGCGUGUUUCUUCUAGUAGCAUCUGUGUCGCGGUUACAGCUUCUGUUGGAGAUUGGCUUUGUUUGCUCUGACAGCGCAACGUCGGCUUUAUUAAACAGAAUGGACAAUUUGGAGAAUGAAAACCGGUCUGACGAAGAGUUGGAAUACGAAGAAGAGGAGGUUGACCCUAGAAUUCAGGGAGAACUGGAGAAACUCAAUCAGUCUACAGAUGACAUCAACAGAUGUGAGACUGAACUGGAGGAUGCAAGGCAGAAAUUCCGCGCUGUGCUGGUGGAGGCCACGGUGAAGCUGGAUGAGCUAGUUAAGAAGAUUGGGAAGACCGUGGAGGAGUCCAAACCCUACUGGGAAGCCCGGAGAGUGGCUAGACAGGCUCAGCUUGAGGCUCAAAGAGCCACCCAGGACUUCCAGAGGGCCACAGAGGUGCUACGGGCAGCCAAGGAGACCAUCGCCCUGGCAGAACAGAGGCUGCUGGAGGAAGACACCAGGCAGUUUGACUCUGCCUGGCAGGAGAUGCUCAACCACGCCACCCAGAGGGUAAUGGAGGCAGAGCAUACGAAAACGCGGAGUGAGCUGGUGCAUAAGGAAACUGCAGCCAAGUACACGGCAGCGAUGGGCCGCAUGAAACAGUUGGAGAAGAAACUCAAACGCACGAUCAACAAAUCCAAACCUUACUUUGAGUUGAAGGCGAAGUACUAUCUACAGCUUGAGCACCUAAAGAAAAAUGUUGAUGAGCUGCAGGCCAAGCUGAGCCAGGCCAAAGAGGAGUACAAGACUGCUCUGAGAAACCUGGAGAUUAUCUCAGACGAGAUCCACGAACGCCGACGCAACUCGACCAUGGGCCCCCGGGGAAGGGGCGUGGGCGCAGAGGGAGACUGUGUCGCCGGGGACGACAUUGCCAGCUUCAAAAUGGAGUCCGAUGGAAUCUCUAUGAUGUCAGAGUCCUUUGAGGAUGAGACCUGCAGCAGCGCCAUGUCGGAGGAAGACUCUGAGACCCGCUCCACCUGCAGCAUCCCCCGGGACCUCCCAUCGCCCUGCCCUUCCUCCUCCUGCUCCUCCUCCUCUUCCCCUGCUCCCUCCUCACGCCCCUGCAGUCUGGACCUGCCCAGCCCUGUCUCGCUGUCUGACUUCGGCCUCAUCUCGCCCAUCCUGGGACCGCGCAGCGAAUGCAGCGGGGCGUCGUCUCCUGACUGUGACCUGGAGAGAGGUGACAGAGCUGAGGGCGCGGAGGGUGAGCUGGACAACGCCGUAAACAACAACAGCACCUCCAUUCCAAACACCAAGAAGACCACAGGCCUGGAGGGCCGCCUCAGCUUCCUGUCCCUCCGACGCUCACGCAUCGACAGCACCAAGAACGCCGAACGCAACCUCCAAAGCCGCUCCCCGACCCUCAACCCUCUCCAAGCUGCGGUCUUGGUUAACGGGGUGUGAUGAGGAAAAACAAAUCCACAAACAACCCCCAUCACCGGCAGGCUAUGUGUGCAUAUGUGUUGCUUUGCCAGUAACCACACACACACUCCAUUUUAAACCAUGAACAAUUGAAAUGAGACUGGCAAACUGCCUUUGUAGUAGAAUACAAACUCAAUGGUCAGUGUGUGUAUACAGUUCCUAUGGAUCAUGAUUAGAUGUAGACCCAGGCUGGGUGAAGAUUGAAAGGCUCCACAGUUUAUAGGCUUCCCAUAAUUCCCUGCUGUACUACCCAAGCAAGACUGGCUAACAUCCUGAGGGUGGGGCCUCGUGACAUAACGGGAGGGGAGAUAGUGUCGUUAUGUUUUCUCUUGUUUCUAGACAAAAUUCACUCCUACUUAAAAUGUAGAAAGGUUAUUUAUAAAACUGUGCCAUCUAUUUUACUUACACAGACAAUUGUAACGACCGUGUAUCCAGCAUUAAUAGCAAUACGUGCUGUGCUUUUAAAAAGAGCAUUCAAGGCCAACUUGACCAAGAAUUUGAUUUUUAAAAUACAUUUAAUGAGUGAAUGUUCGAUAAAUAUCUGUUCUAGCUUGAUGUGUUAAGUUAUAUUAUCUCACAGAUACUUGAUGUGAAUAUUCUGCCCUCUUUGUAAUCCUGUAUACAGCAUAUAGAUGCUAUAAUGAGUCCUCAGGGCCGGAUUAACCAACGUUUUGUAUUGCACAACUCAUUCCAAGCCAGCAGUCUAAAUGUGAAUCUAUAUUGCCAAAUGUGUGAAGUUAAAAUGGAAUUGAACAAGAAUGGAAGAAAUGUUCCCGGUGAGGCAAGAUAUUCCUUAUGCUUUUCAUCCUGUUGUUCAUCAGUGUCACACUGUGGGACCAGGGAGAUGAGUGGGCAGCCCCCCUAUCCAUCUCCCUGUCACCGCAUCUACAUCACCCUGAACUGUGGGACAACCACCACCCUGUUACACUAACAACUGAGCAAUAGUGCAAGAACUCCUGAUAAUCAUAUCUGCCCAAGGAUCAUUUCACAUAUGUGGGCAAUGAAAACGGCUAGCCCGUUAAUACUCAGUCUGAGGAGGGCUUUGUCUCGGAUGGAGAAUGAGGCCAUUUCUGGAAACUGAAUGAUUGUUUCUGGUAGACACUUCGCUACUGUAUGUAGUUGAUCCUUGCUGGCCAAAGUGGGCUGCAGUAGACUAGGGUGUUCGUGAGGUCUAGUUGUCUGUCUCAAAUAGUCUUAAAAAUGGCUUCCUCUUGUGGUCUUCUUACGCUGCAUGACCACAUGUAAAAUGUGUUAGGUCAUUUAUUUGAGGAAAUGAGAAGAAGCUGUAGCAGAAGUGUGUUGGUAUACAGUAGAUGUACUCCUGUGAUCACCAGUCUUUAUGUACUGUAUGGAAAUGUAACGUCUAUGUACCUCUGUCACCCUUUGGUGUGAAAUAUGAUUACACGACAACUUCACUCAUAGCAGCAUUUUUCCAGUGGGUCUUGUCAUGGUGGAACACCUUUCCAUCGUCUUUCUAAAGCUUAUGUGCCUGUUUUCAAAAAGUUUAAAUAAACUGAUGUUCAAUGUA